CAGAGGAGCCUGAAUGAGUGGCUCACUCUGCUUUGUGCUCCCUCAUUCCAGAAGGUUCCGUCUUGCAGAACUUUCCCCCAGGAAACUGCAGUGACACAGAUCGUCAGCUUGUCAACCACGGGUUGAAGCCCCCUCUGCUCAGCAUGGCCAUUGGGCUCGGCGCUCUGGUCUGGUUCCUGCUCCUGGCUACCUCCCACCCUGGGACAGUGCAGGGGACGGUGGUUCAAAACUUCCAGGAAUGUCACUCUUUCUUCAAGGACGGGAUCCCACCGCAGGGAUUCGAAAACAUGGGCAACCUGGUCAGGAUCUGUCAGAGGAAGGAGAACCGCUAUCACUUCGCCACUUUGUACCGGACAGACCUGAGGAUCCCAGUCUACUCCGCCUACAUGUAUCUGAGAGCCAGGGACAUGGUGGAAAUUCAGAGACCUUGUGACUGGUUUUAUGAGCCUCAGAUUGAUGAUCCGACUGCCAGUCCUGAAAUGGAAUCCAGCAAGAACAAGAACAGUACAAAACAAGCAGUGGACACAGAUUAUGAAAAAUCAGGUUAUGACCGAGGACAUCUGUACCCGUAUACCUUCAAUGCACAAGAUAGUCCAGAAGCCAGCUGCACCCUCACUAAUGCGAUCCCCCAGACAGGUGAGGAUAAUAAGAAAUGGUAUCAUUAUGCGGAGAGAUGCAUUAAAGAUUUGGCGAAGAUCUGCUCCAACGCUGGCAGCCGGAUGUACGUGGUAACGGGCUCUGCUAAAUACACAGGGAGGAAAAUGAAGAAUAAGGUUGAGGUGCCUGGGCUGAUCUGGUCAGCUGCUUGCUGUACCUCAUCAGGGAGGCUGGAAGUGCUUAGUUCACCUGAAGAGAUGGAAGUAACCCCAGUGAAUACCCAGAAGGACUUCUCCAUUGCAUUCAUGAAAGAGUUGCUGACUGGUAAGACUGUAACCAAAAUGACAGUAUUGCAGCUGGAGAGUAAACUGAAAGUGAAGAUCUUUAACCAGUGCAGGGGAACAAGUCAAACUGAUGAAGAGGAGAACUAUCAAGAGGUGAACGCUUUGCUAAAAGAAAAAUGGUGUGAGAUUCCGGAACUCGAAAAGGAUUCAGAAAGGAAUAGACUGAGUUGGCUAAGAAAACUGGUGCAAGAGCUCAAGAGGGCAUUUUUGGCAUUUCUUGAAUAUUUUCUACCGCAAGACUAACAGCAAGUUAUAGUUGCUUCUCCCUUCCCCCUUCUCUUCUUUUCCAUUCCCCAUUUGGCUCCCCUCUUACCCGCUUCUCUUCACCUUCCUCGUGUGUCCCUUCUCCUUCCCUUUUUCCCAUGACCCACUCUCCUCUCCUAACAUAUUCCUUCUUCAGUCCUUGGAGUAGAAAUAGGCCAUUCAGCCCAUUGAAUCUUCUCUGCUAUUCCAUCAUAAGAACAUAACAAAUGGGAGCAGGAAUAGGCCAUCCGGCCCAUCGAGCCUGCCUGUCCAUAAACUCAGCUCCAUCCACCUGCCUUUUCCCCAUAACCCUUAAUCCCCCUACUAUGUAAAAAUCUAUCUAACUGUAUCUUAAAUAUCUUUAGUGAAGAAGCCUCAACUGCUUCCCUGGACAGAGAAUUCCACAGACUCACCACUCUCUGGGAAAAACAGUUUCUCCUCAUUCCUGUACUAAAUCUUCUCCGCUGAAUCUUGAGGCAAUGCACUCUAGUUCUAGUCUCACCUAUCAAUGGAAACAACUUUCCUACUUCUAUCUUAUCUAUCCCUUUCAAAAUUUUGUAUGUUUCUAUAAGAUCCCCUCUCAUUCUUCUGAAUUCUAGAGAGUAUAGUCCCAGGCGAUUCAACCUCUCCUCAUAGGUUAACCCCUUCAUCUCUGGAAUCAACCUAGUGAACCUCCUCUGCACCGUCUCCAAAGCCAGUAUAUCCUUCCUCAAGUAUGGAGACCAGAACUGCACGCAGUACUCCAGGUGCAGCCUCACCAGUACCCUGUAUAGUUGCAGCAUGACCUCCCUGCUCUUGAAUUCAAUCCCUCUAGCAAUGAAGGCCAACAUUCCGUUUGAUGUAUUAACCCUUCAACCCCAUUCUUUGCCUACCGACACAACCGAUCGACAGACGACACAAUAGCCACAGCUCUACACACUGUCCUUGCACAUCUGGAGAAACAUAGGAACACAGAAAGCCUACAGCACAACACAGGCCCUUCGUCCUACAAUGCUGUGCCAAAUAUGUACUUACUUAGAAAUUAUCUAAGGAUGCUUAUGUGAGAAUGCUGUUCUUGGUGUAAAGUUCAGCAUUCAUCACCAUAAUUCCCGCUAGGCUUGACAAGAAGCUGAGACCCCAGCCUUCACCCUGCCUUGUGCAGCUGGAUCCUGGACUUCCUGUCAGAUUGUUGGCAGGUGGUAACAGUGGGCUCCCUCACCUCUGCCCCUCUGGCCCUCAACAAAGGUGCCCCUCAGGGCUGUGUCGUAAGCCCCUUCCUUUACUCUCUGUAUACCCAUGACUAUAUCGCCACCCACAGCUCCAAUCUGCUAAUUUAAUUUGCUGACGACACUACACUGAUUGGCCUAACCUCAAAUAAUAAUAAGGCAGCCUGCAAGAAGUCAUCACCCUGACACAGUGGUGUCAAGAAAACAACUUCUCCCUCAGUGUCACAAAAACUAAAGAGCUGGUUGUGCAUUACAGGAGGAAUAGAGACAGGCUAACCCCUAUUGACAUCAAUGGAUCUGGGGUUGACAGGGUGAACAGCUUUAAAUUCCUCGGCAUACAUAUCACCGGCUGUGUGGUGAAAAAAGCACAACAGUGCCUCUUUCACCUCAGAAGGUUGAAGAGUUUAGAAGCAAAUCCCUUCCCCCUUUUCCUUUAGGAAGGAAGAUGAGAAAGGCCACAACAAUCAGAAACAGCAGCUUCUGUCUUGAAAUUAACAAAAAAAUCUUAUUAAUAAUUUUAAACUUUCUCAUUUACAAAAAGGUGUACAGUUCUGGUCACCUAACUAUACGAAGGAAAUCAGUAAGAUUGAAAGAGUGCAGAGAAGAUUUACUGGGAUGUUGCCGGGUCUUCAGGAGUUGAGUUACAGGGAACAAUUGAACAAGUUAGGACUUUAUUCCUUGGAGCGUAGAAGAAUGCGGGGAGAUUUGAUAGAGGUUUACAAAAUUAUGAGGGGUAAAGACAGAGUAAAUGUGAAUAGACCCUUUCCACUUAGAUUAGGAGAGAUAAAUAUGAGAGGACAUGGCUUUAGGGUGAAAGGGGAAAGGUUUCGGGGGAACAUUACGGGGAACUUCUUCACUCAGAGUAGUGGGAGUGUGGAACGAGCUGCCAUCUGACAUGAUAAAUGCGGGCUCACUCUUAAGUUUUAAGAAUAGAUUGGAUAGGUACAUGGAUGGGAGAGGUCUGGAGGGUUAUGGACUGGAUGAAGGUCAAUGGGACUAGCGGAAUAAUGUUUCGGCACAGACUAGAAGGACCGAAUGGUCUGUUUUCUGUGCUGUAGUGUUCUCUGGUUCUGUGGUUCUAAGUAUUGAUGCAAAUCUAUGCAUAAGGUCCAUUGGGAAGUGAUUUCCUCCUGUAGAUCUUAUGUUUUUUGCUUUACAGAUUUGAUUUGUUGGUUUGUAUGCAAUCCAAGUUACAAAAAUGGAUUUAAUUAUCGGAUACUUCUUGUACACAUCUUUAAUGUAGUUUGCAUGUGCUUUGAGUUACCCAGUUUGCAUAUAUUUACAGAUAUACUGAAGAUAAUUUUGUCAAUCAAUUGCCAGUGUAUUUUGUUAAUUAAUGUCUGCCUCAUGAGCAAUUCAGCAACAGCUGGACAUUCAGUGUAACCAACGAAAGGUGGAGAGAUCACAGAUCAUUAAUUGUGAAGUUUGUAAUCCAUUGUGUGAUUUUUCAUCAAAUAAAA